AUGAGCGACGCCGUCACCAUUCGUACCCGAAAAGUGUUGGGCAACCGUCUUCUCAACAGACGCCAAAUGGUAUGUUGUUUUCUUGGUGUUUGCUUUGAAAUUUAGGAUGAAACUUGGUCUUGACAGGUUGGUGGGGUUUUGCAACGGGCAACAAAGUCGUUUUGGUUGCGUUAUUUUCGAGAUGCUUCGAUUUUUUGCCAGAAGUUCCCCUUGGAAUUUUGGUUCUUUUUGUCUUUAUUGAAAAAGCGUUGAAUUUUCGUUUAUAAGGUAUAAAAACAGUUAAGAACCUCCUCGGCUACAGGCUAGAAUAUUUUAAAGUAGUUUCUUUCUCCCUUAACUGAUAAAUUUCCUCAUGUAUAAGGUGAAAAUUUCCACAAAAAUUUCGUAGUGACUGUUGCAAAACAUUUGCCAUUUCCUUUUCUUAUUUUUGUCGAUUUAAAUGUGAUUUAUUGUUGAUUGUACUUAGCUUUGCACUACUUACUUUUGUAUUAUUAUAGGUUGUUGAGAUCAUCCACCCAAACCGCCCUUCAGUCCCCAAGAAUGAGGUCCGUGAGCGUCUUGCCAAGAUGUACAAAGUGUCCCCUGAUGUGAUCGUCGCCCACGACUUCAAAUGCCACUUUGGUGGUGGUCGUUCAACCGGAUUUGCCCGUAUCUACGAGACCGUUGACUACAUGAAGAAGAUUGAGCCUAAACAUCGCGUCUGGCGCGUAAGUUUCAAUACUAUUUUUAUCACUAAAACUGAUUGGUCAUAAUUAUUCUACCGAAGGUCUUUUUUAAUAAUCUAAAGUUUUAUCAGUUAAUUUAUCAUAGACAAUAUAAUAAUUCCGAUGAUUUUUAGCACACUGGUGACAAGGUCGAGAAGCCCGGUCGCAAACAGCGAAAGGAACGUAAGAACAGAUCCAAGAAACUCCGUGGUACCGCCAAGGUCAAGGGAGCCGCCGCAGCCAAGAAGUAA